UCAACAGUGCUUUGAGUAAGCAAUCGGACGUGCUUUAAUUUGGGGCGGUGGUUAGCUGCAAAGUGCUAAUUGGCGGAAUUUCAGUGUUAAUUUUAUUAGAGUCACUUGACUUUGGUUUGCUGUGCAAUUUUUAAACAUCUUAGUUCACUAAAAUAAAUUUAGUUGACAUUUCUUAAAUCCCUAGUUGUCUGUUUGCAAAUCCGCAAAGCUGUUGCUGAUAGUCCAGCAAUACAUUUAUUUGAUUAAUUUUACAACACUGUUGUCGCCAUUACCACUUAUCAGCUCACCGUAAAACCACAUGUUGUAUGUCGUUUGAUUGAAUACCCUGCUUCGCGAUCUGCCUCGAUCCGUUAUCAGUGACGACUCAACGGCGCUUCGGGUUCUAAUCGUGAGCGCGCAGCAAUUGAAUGAUUUGUGAUUAGUACUCAAACGGAGGUGGCGCGUUCUAGUUCGGCUUUUUCGAGCGUACCGGGAUGGACCAACUGUGCAAAUAUGUUUCGAUUCGACAGCCCGAAAGUAAUCGGGCAUUGGGUUUGGAGACGGAGUCGGAGUACCGCCAGCGAUGGAUCUCGAUUCGGGUGAUCUACUUUACCGCGUUCGUCGUUUACAUCGCGUUUUGUUGCGUGGCGACUUCACUGUGGCCGUACCUGAAUACUCUUGAUCCAGACGCCCCAAAGCAGUUCCUGUUUUACCUGUUUGCCAUCCCAUCACUGAUGCAACUCGUGCUGAGUCCACUGUUUGGCUACUGGACCAACAGAGCGUCCUCAAUCCGCCUGCCGAUGAUGUUGGUGAUUGUCUUUCUGAUCGUUGGUCAAGUUCUGUACGCGGUGAUCGAAGAAAUUCCAAACAACCGAAAGUAUGCCCUGCUGGCGUCACGUGCCCUCGUCGGAGCGUCCACGGUGGCAUGUACGCUCUACCGGGCGUACAUCUCGGCGGCCACGACCGUCGCGGAACGGACCAAAACCACCUCGUACAUGGCCCUAGCGCAAACCCUGGGACUCGUCGGCGGUUCCGCGGUUCAGCCGACCUUUGCCGGGAUCGGUGAGGAGGGUUUCCAAGUGCUCGGGUUCCGGGUCAACAUGUACACCAGCGUGGGCUGGUUCUGCGCAGCGCUCGGAGUGAUCAAUCUGGUGCUGAUGCUGCCCUGGUUCUUCCGGGAUCAUAAUAUUGCGGUUAAGGAAGCGAUGUCUGGGAAUGCCGGAUUGGCGGACGGGAAGAGAGCAUGGCAGACGAUGGAGCUGAGGUAUUUGCCAAUUGGGUUGAUGCUGGUGGCGUUUGCGCUGCUGAUGUUCGCGUACGCGGCGCUGCAAACAUUGCUCUCUCCCAUCGCCCUGGAUCAGUUCAACUGGACCAACGAGGAAUCUCUGUUCUAUCUGGGAAUCUUGAUGACGGCCGGUGCCCUCAUAUCGUGCAUCCUGUUCCUCAUGUUGGACCCGCUGUGCAAACGCUUCUCCGAAACCAACGUGCUCGUGUACGGCGCCAUGUUGGCCCUGUUUGUCAGCCAGCUGGUGAUGAUCCCGGUCGGCAGUGAACCCAUCACGGCGUUUCUGGAGAACAGCGGCAACUCCACCGGGAACGGAACCGCCCUCGGUUGUCCUCCGACGCAGGAGUGGUGCUCGUCGAUUCCUCCGAUCGGCAAGGUGCAGUUCACAAUCUCGUACACGCUGCUGUGCAUUUCGUUUUCCAUCGGAACGACGCUGAGUCAGGCGGUGUUCUCGAAGCUGCUUGGUCCGAGGCCACAGGGCACCUGGAUGGCGCUGCUGACUUGCGCCGGAAGUGCCGCACGAAUUUUGGGACCUGGAGCCGUCACGGUGUACGUGCUGAGUGGGACGUACUGGACGUUCGGAGGUGGGAGCGUUCUGACCGGGUUGGUGUUCGUGUGGAUGUGGGUGUACCGGAACCGGUUACAGCCGGUAGUCGUGGUCAAGCCGAGCACGGCCGAAGAAAUGAAAGUACUUAACCCGAGCAAAUUGGUGCAGUGAUAUGAGUUGGGAGCUUCACGGAGUAGCUGUGAUUUGUUAACUUAGUAAUUAGUGAAUAAAAACCCUGAUUAGUUACGCAAA